CUACUAGUCAAGAUGACACUGUCAGUAGAUUCUUCUUGGUUUCGCUGGCAAAGGAGAGCUAAAGACAGCUUCUCCCAGACACCUUCGGAAUCUACCCCACUGCUGUCUGGAGCUAAAGAGAGACAGAGCUACAAUCUAAGUCAACAACGGAUUGUUUUUCCUAACAAUAAGACAUUUCACCAAGACUGGGCAAAGGUUUCCAAGUUUUACUCUGGCAACAGGAUCCAUACCACCAAAUACACCCUAUUCACUUUCCUACCCCGAAACCUCUUGGAGCAGUUUCACAGGUGGGCUAAUCUCUAUUUCCUCUUCCUGGUAAUUCUAAACUGGAUGCCACCUCUAGAAGUUUUCCACAGAGAAAUCACCAUGUUACCUUUGGUUCUUGUGCUGCUGAUCAUCAUGGUAAAAGAUGGCGUGGAAGACUAUGAGAAAUACCGAUUUGACAGAGAGAUUAACUCCUCCCAUAUUCAAAUAUAUAAAAAGAAAGAACAAGACUAUGUGCAGAAACAUUGGAAGGAUGUCCGAGUAGGAGACUUUGUCCAACUGCAGUGCAAUGAAAUCAUCCCAGCCGAUAUCCUCCUACUCUUCUCUUCUGAUCCCAGUGGAGUCUGUCACCUGGAAACUGCCAACUUAGAUGGGGAAACCAAUCUCAAACAGAGGCGUGUGGUGAAGGGCUUCUUGCACCAGGAACCUCGGUUUGAACCAGAACUCUUUCAGAACAAGAUCGUGUGUGAGAAGCCCAACAACAACCUCAGUAAAUUCAAGGGUUAUAUGGAACAUCCAGAUCAGACCAGGACUGGCUUUAACAGUGAGAGUCUUCUGCUCCGUGGUUGCACCAUCAGGAACACAGAGGUGGUGGUCGGCAUUGUCAUCUAUGCAGGUCAUGAGACUAAAGCCAUGCUGAACAACAGUGGCCCUCGAUACAAACGCAGCAAGAUUGAACGUCGAAUGAACAUUGACAUUUUCUUCUGUGUGGGAAUUCUCUUCUUCAUGUGCCUUAUUGGAGCUAUAGGUCAUGGCCUCUGGAAGGGAAAAUUUUCAGGACUUCCCCCUUUUGAUGUUCCAGAUGCUAAUGGAAAUUUUCCCUCAAUUGCACUUCAAGGCUUCUACAUGUUUCUCACCAUGAUCAUCCUACUACAGAUCCUGAUCCCAAUCUCUCUGUAUGUAUCCAUUGAGUUGGUGAAACUUGGUCAGGUCUUCUUCUUACACAAUGACAUUGACCUCUACGAUGAAGAGACUGAUCUAUCCAUUCAGUGCCGAGCCCUUAACAUCAAUGAAGACCUGGGCCAGAUUCAGUACAUCUUCUCAGACAAAACUGGAACUCUAACGGAGAACAAGAUGGUGUUCCGACGUUGCACCAUUAUGGGCAAUGAGUUUUCCCAUCAAGAGAAUGCCAAACGACUGGAGACUCAGAAGGAGCUGGAUUCAGAUGAUGAGGAUUGGACCAAAUGUCAGUAUGGGGCCUUCCCAGGCCUCAGCACACUGAGACACUCUGGAGGUGCUAAGCCCCUGAGGAGGAGUCAGAGUGCCCGGGCCCAUUUCCAGUGUCACACUCGGCACAGGUCCAUGGGGAGAUGUGACAGUACCCAGUCUCCAGUGGCCUUCAGCAGUACCAUAGAAAAGGAUGUGACUCCAGACCAAGGUCUCUUGACAAAGAUGAAAGAUGCUGCCUUGAAACUGGACACCUUGACACCACACAAAGUCACCAAACCUUCCUUUUCCACUGGCUCCUCCAUCACCGAUUUCUUCCUUGCACUGGCCAUCUGCAACUCUGUCAUGGUCUCCACAACCACAGAACCCAGGCAGCGGGUCACCAUCCCACCGCAGAUAAAGUCCCUGGGAACAUCCCUAGAGAAGAUUCACCAGCUGUUCCAGAGGCUCAAACUCUCCAGUCUCAGCCAGUCCUUCUCUUCCUCGGCUCCUUCGGACCUUGGGGAAAGCCUGGGGCCAAACCCCACCACUGAAGAUUUGGAUGAGCAAGAUGACCUGUCCACUCAGAGCUGUGGAGAUUCCACAGAUGUGGGCUACCAGAGCGGCUCCCGGGAAGACGUCCCAGCCAAGCAAGACCCCUUGGGGGCUGGAAGCCCCUCCUUGGAAGACGUGCUGGACGCAGUGAUACCGGAGCCAGAAUUCUGCUACGAGGCCGAGAGCCCCGAUGAGGCUGCCCUCGUGCAUGCUGCCAGGGCCUACAACUUCACCCUGGUGUCCAGGACUCCUGAGCAAGUGACCGUGCGCCUGCCGCAGGGGACGCUUCUCACCUUUGACCUCUUGUACACCCUGGGUUUUGACUCAGUUAGGAAGAGGAUGUCAGUGAUUGUAAGACACCCCUUGACUGGCGAGAUCAUUGUCUAUACUAAGGGAGCUGACUCGGUCAUAAUGGACCUGCUGGAAGACCCUGCCAAAGCAGAAGACCCUGUUGCAGAAAAGAAGUUGAGAAAAAUCAGAGCCAAGACCCAGAAACACCUCGACUGGUAUGCAAGAGACGGGCUACGAACACUCUGCAUUGCCAAGAAGGUCUUAAAUGAAGAGGACUUCCAGAGGUGGGCCAAUUUCCGACAGGAGGCUGAAGCAUCCCUUGACAACCAGGAUGAGCUCCUAAUGGAGACAGCUCAGCAUCUAGAGACUCAACUCACCUUACUGGGAGCAACCGGGAUUGAAGAUCGACUGCAAGAAGGAGUGCCAGAUACCAUUGCUGCAUUGCGAGAGGCAGGGGUCCAAAUCUGGGUCUUGACAGGAGACAAGCAGGAAACGGCCGUCAAUAUUGCACAUUCCUGUAAACUUCUGGAGCAGAGAGACAUGGUCUAUACCAUUAAUACAGAGAGUCAGGAAACCUGUGAAUACAUCCUCAACUGUGCUUUAGAAGAGGUGAAGAGAUGUUAUGACAUGAACAAAACAGAACACAAGUUUUUUGGCAUCCCUCUUCCUUGUCAGGCACCAUCUUCCACCAUGGAAGCUGUAGUUCCAGACAUCGGGCUGGUGAUUGAUGGGAAAACUUUAAAUAUCAUUUUCCAAGGGAAUCUGGAAAAUAAGUUUUUGGAAUUAACCAAAUACUGCCGCUCAGUCCUGUGCUGUCGUUCCACUCCACUCCAGAAGAGCAUGGUAGUCAAGCUGGUGCGGGACAAGUUGAAAGUAAUGACUCUUGCCAUAGGCGAUGGUGCAAAUGAUGUGAGCAUGAUUCAAGCUGCUGAUGUUGGAAUUGGGAUAUCUGGGCAAGAAGGCAUGCAGGCUGUGAUGUCCAGUGAUUUUGCCAUUGCUCGCUUCAAGCACCUCAAGAAACUUCUACUCGUGCAUGGCCACUGGUGCUACUCACGUUUGGCAAGGAUGGUUGUUUACUACUUCUACAAAAAUGUGAGUUACGUCAACCUUCUCUUUUGGUACCAGUUCUUCUGUGGUUUUUCGGGAACCACAAUGAUCGAUUACUGGCAGAUGAUAUUCUUCAACCUCUUCUUCACCUCCUUACCACCCCUCGUCUUUGGGAUCCUCGAUAAAGACAUCUCUGACGAAACCCUCCUGGCUUUGCCUGAACUCUACAGGAGUGGGCAGAACUCUAAGUUCUACAAGCUGUCCACUUUCUGGAUUGCCAUGAUGGAUGCUUUCUAUCAAAGUCUCAUCUGUUUCUUUAUCCCUUAUUUGACCUACAAGGACUCUGACAUCGGCGUCUUCACCUUUGGAACACCCAUCAAUACCAUCUCCCUCAUCACAAUCCUGUUACACCAGGCGAUGGAAAUGAAAUCAUGGACAUUCAUCCACUGGUCUGUGCUUGUGGCUAGCUUCCUGCUUUAUUUCGUGGUCUCCCUCGUGUACAAUGCUGUCUGUGUUACCUGCAACAGCCCAACCAACCCCUACUGGAUUAUGGAGAAGCAGCUAUCAGAUCCCACCUUCUACCUCUUGUGCUUCCUUACACCUGUGGCUGCCCUUCUUCCAAGAUAUUUUUUCCUGGCUCUGCAAGGGACCUGGGGGAAGUCACCCAUCCUGGAAGCUCAGAAGCUGGACAAACUUCCCAAAGAAAAAAAGGAUCUGGCUAUCCAAGAGUGGAGGAGACAAAAAGAGAGACUGUCUACAGCCGGCCGAGAAGCUCCGUUUCCUGGAAAUACCAGACUGGGCCACCUUCAGGUCCCCCAUUUCACAGAACAAGAAUCGAGGGUCAGUUCCCUAAAGGAAUCCUCUUCUCCCAUGAAAAGACAUGAUGGAAACUGGGUCCUUAAUAGAGAUAAAAGUAGCCCCCGCCCCUGCCCAGGUUAUGUAGGGCAUAAUCAAAGCUCACCUAGUUCUUCAGCAAGACCCUCCCCCGAUGAACACCUCUUGGGACCCAGUGGAAUGUUCAUGAAUUCACAGACUGGCAGCCCAGGAGCCUCAAGCAGAGGGAGCCACCGGCGAUCCCAGAGCUCCUUGACUAUAUGA